ACAACCGGUUGUCCAAGCACUACACUGCCUACAGGAUUGGUGCAAUGUUAUGUGUUUGUGGGGUGUGAGAAAUCAGUGGGCAUCAUGUGUUUAUCAAAUGUCGUUUCGAAAUUGUUCGAACUGCAACGAGCUCCCACCUUCAGUGCCGGAUGUUAGCUAUUGAGAAUGCACAGUGAUACAGAUGAAAAUUUGUUGGUGUUGUCUUGCACACCACACCAUUAAGAAAGGGCAUGUACCUGCAGCUUUGUGACGUAAAUGAAGAGGCUAUUGUUUACACAUGUAUAUUUCAGGAAGACGUGACCAGGAAAUGCAGCAGGUAGAUUCGGUGGCUCAUAGCAGUACGGAUGCAAAUAGCAGCCAGCAAGAUGUGAUUGAACCACCCCCUAGGGAGGAACCUCAUCUGGAGCCAGUUAAUGGUGUAGUUCAGCCUCCCUUUUACCCACAUCCAGACCGUCCAGGCCGUGUUACCAAUCAACUUCAAUUUCUUUUGAAAGCAGUGCUCAAGACAGUAUGGAAACAUCAAUUUGCAUGGCCAUUUUAUCAACCGGUGGAUGCUAAGAAGCUCAAUUUACCUGACUAUCAUAAAAUAAUAAAGCAGCCAAUGGACUUGGGGACAAUAAAGAAGCGUCUUGAGCAUAACUAUUAUUGGAGUGGAAGAGAAUGUAUUCAAGAUUUCAAUACUAUGUUUACAAAUUGUUAUGUCUAUAACAAACCUGGUGAAGAUGUUGUGGUCAUGGCCCAGACCCUUGAAAAGCUCUUCCUUACAAAAGUUGCAGCUCUGCCUAAAGAGGAAGUAGAGCUGGAUCCACCUACAGCAAAAGGAACAAAAGGGAAGAAAGCUCGUGGCAGCUCUUCAGGAGCUGUUCUAAGAGGUCGCCCGUCUUCAAGCAGUAGCAACAGUGGUGGACCAACAGUUAGUUCAAGUGUAUCAGCAGUUUCCUCCUCACCCAAAGCUCCUGCACAAUCAACAGUACAGACAUCACCUGUUGCCAGUUCCACAGGAUCUGUCCAUCUUCCCCUUGGCACACAACCUCCUCUCCCUGUACCAGGAAGCACGGCUACUACUACUGUGCCAGCUAGCAGUAAUCUGCCACAUGGGACCCACAAUUCAUUGCCUAAGCAGGUGACAGCUCCUGCUGGUGCAUACCAUGGUCAGUCAGCAGUCGUCACAUCGUUGGAUGUUCAGCCUCAAAGUACUGGCCAGACUGAGAAUCAGUCGUCAGCUGUUAUUCCUCCUUCACAACCUGCAAAGAUGAAGAAGGGUGUGAAAAGAAAGGCAGAUACAACAACACCAUCAUCAGAUUCCUUUGAGCCCCUUUACAAUUCAAUUGAUUCUAAGUCUGCCAAAGUUGCUACACGGAGAGAAUCUGGAAGGACAAUCAGGAAGGUUGUGAAAGAUUUGCCAGUUUACCAGCAGCCUCAACGACAAGAUGAUGGUGUUCCCUUUAGUCAAGCUGCGGUCCCUCAUUCAGCUACUGGGAUAACAUCACAGGUAAAGCUGAAGGAUAAAUUGAAUGAAUCUCUGAAGGCUUGCAAUGAGAUAUUGAAGGAGCUCUUUUCAAAGAAGCAUUCGGGUUAUGCAUGGCCAUUUUACAAGCCUGUUGAUGCUGAAUUACUGGGUCUCCAUGAUUACCAUGACAUAAUCAAGAAACCAAUGGAUCUUGGGACUGUAAAGCAAAAAAUGGAUAAUCGGGACUACAAAACUGCUGCAGAAUUUGCUGCUGAUGUAAGAUUAAUAUUCACAAAUUGUUACAAGUACAAUCCUCCUGAUCACGAUGUUGUAACAAUGGCAAAAAAGCUGCAAGAUGUGUUUGAAAUGAGAUAUGCGAAAAUACCAGAAGAACCAGUUUCUGGAAGCAAGAAUGAAAAGAUGUCUGUGACCACUUCAGGAAGUGAAUCAAGCAGCGGAUCAUCAUCCGAUUCAGACGAUUCUGAUGCCGAGCGUGUUCGCAAGCUAGCACUCCUUCAGGAACAGCUGAAAGCAAUGCAAGACCAAAUGCGCAAGCUUGUUGAAGAAAGCUCCAUGAAGCGCAAUAAGAAAAAGAAGGAUGACAAAGAUCGGAGAAAAAAAAAGAAGUCUGAAAAACAUGGAUCUUCAUUGAAGGAUGCAAGGACAGUAUCUGCAAGUGAUGCUGUAAGUGCUGGUGCUAAUGUUUCUGUGUUAGGAACCGGUGAUAGACUUGGAGCAGAGUUGCCUCAUAGUGUAACCAGAAGUGGGUUUAGUGCAAACUCUGGUGUGAUGAUUGGUGCACCUACCUCAUCUAAGACAAAUAAAAAAAGUUCUCGUGGGAUGGGAAAGUCAGGUAGUCAGAAGCGGCCUAAAACUAGCUCACGUUCAGGAGGAAGCAAGAAGAAAGGAAGUAGCAGUAUGCCGCCACCAAACUUGGGUUUUGACUCGGAGGAUGAAGAUAAUGCCAAACCAAUGUCAUAUGAUGAGAAACGACAGCUGAGCCUUGAUAUAAAUAAGUUGCCAGGUGACAAAUUGGGAAGAGUCGUUCAUAUUAUCCAGUCCCGUGAGCCAUCUUUGCGUGAUUCCAAUCCUGAUGAGAUAGAAAUUGACUUUGAAACCCUAAAACCAUCAACCCUGCGUGAGCUGGAAUCAUAUGUUGCCUCUUGUCUGAGAAAAAAGCCACGUAAGCCAUACUUGACAUAACCUGGACAUCGUGGUUAUGUUGUCACACUCACUACCUCUUGGGGAAAGCUGAUUGUGAUGUCUGUCGUACACCACACCGGCCUAUGAUUGGCAGACCACAGACUCGCCAUGUUGGAUUGUUCACAGAGGCCCAUGUUUAGUGGCUUUAUAAUAUUGCCCAGGACAUGUUGAAGUCAAAGUGUUUUUGUGUUUCUCAUUGAAACGCCUUCACAGACAUAUACGUGUUAACCAGUUGUGUUUAUUUUUGUGUGUGUGUGUGUGUGUGUGUUUGUGUGUGUGUGUGUGUGUGUCCAGGCUACAAGAAAAUUUAGAACAUAGAAUCAAAAUGACGUCAAUGUAAUAUAUUUUUAUCAAGUUAGUUACAUUGUAUAUAUACGAAACAAACAAAAAAAUCCAAAUUUUUUAUAAACAUUUUUCAUUUGAGUUAAGUUUCUGUGUUUGUUCAGUAGUUUCGUGUUUCGUCUUGAAAUGUCAAGUCACCUCAAGAUAGUCUUUAUUUAUUUAUUUAUUUAUUUUUUUGUCUGUCACUCUUCGUAGUGCUUGAAUGUUAUCUUUGUCAUUUAUUUUAAAUUCCUUUUUCAUCUGUUUCAGAAAGAAUAUUUAUUUGUUUGUUCGUUAAAGUAAUAUGUGAAAUAAUUUAAGUCUUCAAAUUGAGACCUACAACUACUGUGUGCUGUUAUUUGGGUUGUUGCAUCUGUAUAUCUGAAUUUCAUUUGCGCUGUGGUUUGAAGUUUCUUUUUUCGUACAUCACAUCCAUCCAUUGAGCCCUACAUCUCCCAGAGACAUAGAACUUUUAUAGAUUUACAUUCCGUAGUCUUUCCUUUAUGUAUUAGUAUUGCAUUUUAUGUAGAAUGCAACUUACUUGCUGUUUCUAAUUGACGUCCUUCUCUGUACUGUCUUUAGUUCCAUUUCUAGCCAAGGUACUAUUGUACAGCUUUAAACAGAGAAUUUUACUCAAUUACUGUUAACACCUACAGUUGUAAGUGACAGAAAAAAAGCAAAGCACAUUUGAUAUCAAGAUAUUAGGUACAUAUUUAUUUUUAUUUAAUUUUUUAAUUUUUUGUAGAAACCUUGAAUGUGAAAGUAUUUAAAAAUUUAUCCCAAAAAUAUAUUUGUUGUAAUGCUUGUCGUUUUAAGCAGGAGCUCUAAUGAAAUUAUAGCUCAAAACAACUUAAGUGUUUGGUGUCUGUUGCUCUUAUUAAUUUUACUCUGAAGAAUUAACCCCAAAGGAACACAACAUAGUAUACUUCAUCCUAUAUAAGUGGAUGUUGUUUUCAAGAUUUGAGGAGCUUUGCGGGUUAUAUUUAGAUUGCAGUAAGAUAAUUUAACAAAUUUUUCUUGUUUUCUUUCUCAUGUGUUGCAGCAUGCCACUAUGUCUCUCAUCCUAAUUGACAUUCAUCAUCUUCCAAAUCUGUAAUGUGGAAAUUGCUUUUAGUUUCUUUUAUCAUAUUGCAUUGUUUUAGCGAUCCUUAGAACUGAGAUGAUGUCAGUAUAUAAGGAAUCUGGUCACUUGUACACAAACUUGCUAAUUUGUUAAUAAUUAGUUGUUUAUUGACUCAUCUUCAAACUUUUUAUAGUUGCAUAAGAGAUUGAUCAGUACCUUUCACUGCCACCUAGUCUGUUGUUCUCUUCAUAUAAAGUUAUUUUUAAAUGUCUCAAAUUAGUUACAUGAAAGGCUGUUCUCAUAGUAUACACUUGAUUAAAAAUUGAUACUGCCUCAAAUGAAUUAUGAGAACAAAUAAAAAGAGGGUGGAUUUUGAACAUUUGAGGUUCUAUAAAAUACAUAAUAAAUCAAUAAUUUCAUUUAAGAACCGCGUCUACAAUAGGAUUAGUUAGUGAACAGUGGUUUGAUUUUGAUUUUCUCAUUGGUAAUUGAAAGACCCUUUUUAUAUAAACACAUUCCUGAGUCUCACUGAAAUAAGUUUACUUUUUGUUACUUUUACUAAUAUUACCUGGCAGUAACACUGUAGUGUUAUUGUGUCAAUAUGUAGAUGAUAUUUUUUUGACUGAAGAUAGAUGCGUGAUAACACGUGUGUUGAUAAUGUUACAUAGUUGAGAAUGUCUGGCAAAUAGAACCACACAUGUAUAAUCAGACUAACAGGUGCUGGGUAUCCAUCAUCACUGCUGUUGUUAUUAUUACUAUUAUUAUUAAUGUUACUGUUGUCAUUGUUAUUAUUAUUAUUAUUAUUAUUAUUAUUAUUAUUAUUAUUAUAUUAUAUUAUUUUGUAACAUGUCAGUACUGGCAUUGCCACGCAGCUACAAAGUCUAAUACAGUGUGUAUGAAUAUCAUAUCUGAGCCAGCCAUUUCACAAAACAGUUACUGUGAUUUGUCUCAAGUUUUUGACGCAGGAUGUUACAAAAGACAAAAAGUAAACAGUGGCAAUCCAGACUUUCUUCUCCUAUGAAUUAUGUAAUUAGAAAAUUUGAAGACAAUAGAUAUGUUUCAAACACUAUUCUUUGGCAUAUAAAUAUUAGUGAAAUCUAAGCUAACGGCAAGUAUUGAGGACAAAUAUGGUUUUUAAAAUUAAAAGUGUGUAACGAGGCAGCCAGUGAGUUGUGGUUGAAUCCUAUCUGUGUAUUUGAAUUCACAGUAGAACAGCUCAUAUUUCACAAGCAUGAGAUUUGCUGUAAGCAAACAUUACCAGUUUCAAGAGAUUGCUGAAGUUUGAUAUAUGAAAAAAGAUCCCGUAUCUCACUGUUUUUACUCGCAAACAAUAUCAUCAUUUGUGUUAAUCACCAUUCUGUCAUAUGCGACCCCUUCCGGUACCAGUUACACAGGGUGUCCGAAGAGGAAUGGGCACUAUUCAGGGGUAUAAUAGAAACGAUCAUUCAAAGGAAAAUGUAUAGUAAACAAGGGCUCUAGAAUAUAUACGUUAGAGCUAGGAGCACUUGCUCAGCAGAAGAGGAGUGUUUCACAGUAGCUGAGAUUAAAAAGUGCUCGUAGCUCUUGAGGUCUGUUCUUUAGAGCCAGUGUGUACUGGAUCUAUUUUUCUUUUCUAAAAAUUGGAAUGCAAGGAGCUUGCAGUGGAAGAGAUUUGUUUCACAGUAUCAUUGCCCUUAAAGUAUGCCAAUAUCAUUGCUUUUAAGGUAUGCAUUAAUGAGCCUAUGUUCACUAGACAUUUUUACUUCAAAUGAUCGUUCCUGCCAUAUCCCUGAAUAUUGACCAUUCCACCUGGGACACCCUGUUUUUAAGAUAAUGGCAUUCAUCUAGCAACAUUAUAAUUGUGUGAUAUUUUUUCAUUGUUAUAAUAUGGAUUUAAUGAAAACAAGUCAUCAUCUCAGUGAUUCUAGCAAUCUGUGAAGUUUCACAGAUACACUGUGCUGUAAGUUUGCCUAUCAUUUCAACAAUCCUCUUUCAAUGCUACUUCAUCAGUCUUCCAAAUACUUGUACCAAUGUCCCAUCAGUCAUUUAUUCUUUCUCAUUAGGGCCAACUUUAUCAUUAGUUUGUUGAAUAUUUCCUCUGUUACUUCAUUAAUUUGUGGACCAGAUUUUUUCAAGAAACAGAUUCAUUGUCAUUGCUGAUGAUUUUAGAACUAUAAAACUGCUGAAUGUGAACAGCAUCUGAAAAAGACCCGUUGUAGAAAACCAGUAAACCUUCAACUGUUAUAGCAUCCACAUCUUGACAAAAAGAGAGAUGGAGAGUUGAAGUAAAAUGAGAAUCUCACUUACAAGAUGACAUCUAUUUAAAUUAGAAUGUAAAUUGGUUCAGGCUAUUUGAAAAGGAAUUGAGGCUUUAGUGGAGUGCUGACACUUGCGUUUAUGUAGAUUAUGGCUUCGGUUAACUCCAUCACCAGAGUGUAUCCCGUUGGUUUUACAAUCUAUGUCAUUAGGUCACUAUGUGUGUGUUCUGCUUGUCGUCACAUGAACCAGUUGACAGUAAGAUUACCAAUAAUUUGACCAUACAACCCUUCCGCCCAUUCCCCUCUGGAUGGAUUUUAAGCCAUAUCAUCUGCUAUGGGGUUUUAAUACUAGCUACCCCAGGAGUCUAGCUGUUGCAAGCCUCUUGUUGUUUUCUGAACAUUAAUAGAGAAUGCAAUUAAGUGGCGCUAUGUGGUCGUUCUCCGCCGUAGAUCCCAUUUUGAGCAUUCCUGGAGACCUUGUUCAAUGAAAACUGGUUGAUGAUCAUUUCCCAGUCUGAAGCCACGUGCUAGACCGAAAAGGGGCAGGAGGUAAGGAUUGGCAUUCAGAAAGGUAACUUGGAUGAUAUACAGUGAACUAGCUGUGCUUUAAUGCAGAGGCAGAACAUAAGAAUGGGAGGAUCAUCCUCAAAGCUUUCCAAAUGACAAUUGCUGAAUGUUAGUUCAUAAUUCAAAAAGUGCAACCAGAGAUCGUUACAAGAAUUGCUGAACUCCAUAAAUUGUCAAAACCAUGAGAGUGCAUUUCACCUCUGCUAACCAAGAUCAAAUGUUUUGUUGUCCCCAAGCAAUCACUGAGAGGAGCAGCUGAUAAAUCAAAGUCUUCCAAUGAAGGUGACAACACCAUUUUUCAUUGUAAGAGCUUGAGUUAGCAUUAUUUGAAGCACAUGACACAUCACAAACUUAAUAUCAAAAUCACUGUAGCAUGUUGUGGCACUCCGCUGAAAAGGAAACAAACUACUUUAAUUCACCUUCUCAAACAUGGACAGAUACGUGCGUACCAUAAAUGGAAUCCCACUGUCACUCUAGUAGCUAUAAAGAAAUGACUUAACAUUGUAUGUCAGUCACUGCAUUUUAAGCAAAUGUUCUAAUUGUGAAUAUGUUUUUAGUGGAAAUAAAUUGUAAGAAGGGUAUUUUAAGGUCCCUUAUUGGAAAAGAUUUUUCAAUUUUCAGUUUUCUUCCAGCCUCCCAGCAAUAACAUGGUGUUAAAAACUAACUAUUAAUUAAAAAGCUGGAGGUGUGGUGUGAAAAUACUGGUUUUAAAUUUUCAACUGAAAAAUCUACCAGUAUUUUGUUCAUACUCAGUACUGUAAUUGUGUUUUGUGAAAAUGUCGAUACAGUGAUUCCAACAUAACUGCACAGCCUCUUUCUCAACAAAUAACAGUUUUAUAUUCCAUGCAUCCUAUGUGAUACAUGCUAAAAUUAAGUAUACACCACCCAAGAGUGAUAACUUCAUUAAGUUACACAAAAUGGAAAGUGCACAUAAUACCUUACUUCGUUGGGUGGCUUACUGAGCGAAUUGUGUUGUAUGUGGUUUCCUGUACAAAGUCAGUGUUACAGGCAGUUGCCUCAUCAAAUUGAAGUCGUCAUUAAGUGAGCUUUCUGUUGCACUAAUAAAUAUAAAUUGCUGUUUGCAGUUUAGAAUUUUCUAUGUAAAGAUUGUUAUGACAUAGUUUAAUGUAAAAUUGUAACAGGAAAAAUGCUAAAAAUUAUUUAAUUUAUUAGACUGUCUAUGUGCAUAGCAAAUGAGUAGUUCAUUCUGUUCAGUGCACUGUCAUUAACACUGCAAAUAUCGAGUUGUUUUUGGCUGAGCAAAAUUAACUUUAUAGCUACCAGUGGUAUCUAAGCAUCUACUUGCUAUUUCAGUGGAAAGACCAUGGUCGAUGUAUCAAACUAUUUACAAAUACUUUGUCGCUAUUUGUGAGAGACACCUUCAGAGAUAAAACUUGCAUCUGCAUCAAAAGUUCUUGAUGUAGUUGCCAGUUUUAUCUUUGCAGAUAUCACCCACAGCUGAGAAUGAAACAUCAAUAAAUAGCGUUAUAUGUCGACCAUGGCCUUUCGGCCCAGAAGUUUUAAUUGAAGUAAACACCAGCCUUGAAAGUCUUCAUUGCAUCAAUGCAGAUAACUAUUUGUACAGAAGAUUCCACCAGAUCCGCAUAUGAACAUAUCAGUGAGCACAGCUUGAUCGGAGAUGUGUGUGAUUGUAAGUAGUAACUGUGCCAUUUCCCUCCUCAAAUUUCUCUCACUAUUGUGAAAUUUGUCUGCAUAUCCAGUGUGAAGAUAAAUAUCUAGAGUAUCUAAGUGUGCCAGUACUGAGAACUGCUGUAGAAUUAUGGUGAACUAGUGUAAAAGCUGGGAUACCAUGCUGUUUGGUGUAAAAAAGAUUAUAAUUACUCCCUUAAUAGUACUAUUUUCAUGUGGUGAUGAAGAGAAUACAGUGAAUUAAAAUGAAGGCUCAAAAUCUCUUGAUAGAUUGUAUUUUUAUCUGAAUCCGAAAGCAUUAGGACAAGUUUAUGUUGUCUUUCAUGACAGUUGAAUGUUUAUAAAUUACUGUGAUAUGUGAGAUGCUAGUGUUACUGGCAUGAAUAAAUGUAAAUAUCUCUAAUUGUGUUGCAUAAAGGGUACAAUGCAAUUUGUUCUCUGCUGUAAACGAUCUCUUGUCAAAUAAAUUUGUUGUGA